UGACGGCGACCUUAUCCGACAUUGGCCAUUCGCACAAGCACCCCACCUCUUUUCUUUUGGCAGCUGCUGGCGGCUGAGACUGAAAGGUCCAACAGGGCUUCGGUGACAGGAAUGAUUUACAUGAACAGCACAUGUCAUCGCUGAAAAGAGCUGCUAUAAUAAGAAAGCAACAAAAAAGACAGAGCCAAGGCUUGUCUGACUAAACGCACUGCUAUAGGAAAGCAAAAAACAAGAAACAAUGGACUAAAAGACCCUUAAAGAGAAUUUUUGAUUAAUAGUGCAUUUAUUUUUCUGUUUUUGAACUGCUUAUUGACCCUUUUACUAAUAUAUUAGUUUAUGUGUGACAUUUUACUUAACAAGCCAUUAUAACAAAGUUACUAAUAUUCUACAGGUCACAUUUACAUAGACUAAAUUGUUCAAUUUGGGGCAUGAAUCUACUCUAUAUACAUUUUUUUUUUUUUUUUUUACUAUUAAAGUUGGGCAUUUUAUUUAUGGGCGUUUUGGUUUAUUUCCUGGCCUCCCUCUGAACAGUUUCAGCCACAACCUUCACCUCAAUUUCACAAAGAUCGUCUAUUGAACAGCAUAUAAAGUAGCUAACUUUACAAAGUAGUCAAACGACUUUCCAAAACGUAGGUUUAAAAUUCUGUUUUAGCUUAAAGACAAGCAGAGAGAAGUCACUGUAACAGCUGACGGAGUGGCUAAACUGGUGACACUAGUUGAUCAGCUCAGCACUUUCAAUUCCCGGCUUAUGAACGAUUUCAGAAGCGCAACAAAGCAAUUCAGACGGCGCGUAGCAGGAAAUGCAGGUUGGGUGGAGUCCAGCCUCCUGAGAGGCCCCUGUGUUCUCAGCUGUACUUAUGGAUGAUUCCACUGAGCUGAAACCAGGAUGCAGCAGCAGCAGAGAUCAAUGAUGGACUCUCAGGUCUCCUUUUUUGGUGUUUUCUGCUGCCUGCUGUUAAUGCCAGGUUUGCUGGAAUCAACCUCUCUGGUGAAAGUCAAACACUCUGCAGGACCCUCAUUGAGGAUCAAUUCUGCUGCAGCAAAUGAUUUCCUGACUAAUUCUCGACCAAAGAGGAACAUUGAUCCGAAGUGGUACAGAGGCAAUCCAGAUUUUCAGUCUUACUACCGCUACUACAACAGCAUCGGGCACAUUGAAGGACUCUAUGAGAUCGACAGGAUCAGGAUGUUAUACCAGCAGAUGCGAAACCUGGAGCUGACCUAUGGCCCAGAUGCCUCCAAAUACCAGAAUGCUUUGGGUUUCCUAACUAGCACUGUGGGACCUCCACCAACAACUCACACUCCUCCACCUCCCACCACACCUGCCCCAACACCGGAUCCUCUGGAGAACGCCCAAAGGAUCUACCUAUGCAACCCCAAGGACCCGCUGUGCAAACCCCAGAUCGUGUUCCUGCCGACGGGGGCUGUGCCCGUUCUCUGCGACCCAAGACUCAAUCCCGCCUGCGCCCCCAAAACAGAGGAGGAGCUCAAGGCUGCGUCUGUGUCCCGGCCGUCUACCGCCGCUCCUGCAAAGUCAACGCCCCCUCCUGCUGUCAGAGCCAAAGGCAUGGAGUACGACUGUGACCCGUACUGGGACCCCGACUGCCUCAUCGACCACCCUCCCCGACCCGUCCAGGAGGCCUCCACGCCAGCAGAACCUGCUGAAGAACCUGACGUUAUAGAGGAAGAGACGGACGCUGUUCCUGCAGCUCCAGUUCCAGGGGGGAAGAAAACACUUUACCCCCAGUACGACCCCUAUGAUUUCAAACGUGACCUGUAUGACCCCUUUCGCUACGCUCAGCCAGAUCCUCAGUAAAUCCAACCAGAAGUGUCCAUUUGUGACGGCGUUCAUGCAAAUGACCAUUUUUACAGUAUGGACACAUAAGCAGGCUCAGAAUAAACCACUCAGUGACUGUUAUGUAAAUGUUAUGUAUCUGCAAACUUGAGUAAACUUGCGUAUUAAUAAAACAACAAAAAAGUGAAUGAUAUGAUA